AUGACCCUGGGUGUCCCCACCUCUGCCCGAACGUUUCAUCACGUUUCGUUACAUAAAAUCCUCGAGCCCCUCGGGGUGCAUGACGAUGAAAAUGAGGCGGCAGAGAUCUAUCAUGACAUAGAGACUCUGUGGAACGAAUUGAUGGAUACAGAAGGCCCUCACGCAUUCUUCAAAAAUCCGUUUAAAUCUAGUAUUACACGCCAGGCAAUGAAAGACAUGCUGGCAGAUCCCACAAGGGUCCCACCGAGUCUCGUCAGUCGUAUUCCUGAUGCUGAAAGCCGAAAAGAAUGCUUAUACAGGAUGGUUCAGUACUACCAAAGCGAAUUUAAUCGUAGACGUGCGGAACGGUUAGGGCUAGAUGGGCCGGACUUUAGCAGACCGCUAGAGUCCAAACGAGAAGCGCAUGCUGCCGCUCCUGCCGAUGAAGGGAUCGGAAGCCAGAGAGCUGGGGAAGGAACGGAAAUACAGCAGUCCGGGCCUUUUCCAGCAGACCCUGUUCCAUCUGGAGCUCACCAAGGCCAAGCCCCGGUGGACGCUCACAUUCAAGAAGCACCACUCUCCCAGGCGCCAUUGCCCGUCGGCGAUCAGCCUCUCCUCAACCCGCCUGGCACCCAAUAUCAAAUGAAUGACUGGGCAAAUCAGAAUUUUCUUCUGGAAGGCACUCUUUCACUGCCUCCAAUCCCUGGAGGUCCUGAGCCCGGGGCUCCGACUAGUCACACGAGAAGCCCAUUUGUACACGUACAGCCUGUACCAUCCAGAAGUCCAUCAUUCGAUUAUACUAGGGGUUCGAUCGUUCCCAAUGCAGACAUCCAGGUUGUAAGAGCAGGCCGCCCCAAUAAUGCCAUCGCAUUUCGACUCAGUGACUUUUUACUGAACCAAGAUGACCCUCACAAUAUUAGCCGUAGCGGAGACUGGCUAAAUUCUUCUAAUCUCAGCUUUGCUGCAUGUCGUCAGCAGCUCACGGAGGAAGGCUUCUACCAUCCAGAGCAGGAUGCCUUCUGGUGGAGUCCACAUCCCCUGCACAAGAUCGAUAUAACUAACAGAGACCAAAUGACUGCCGAUGAAACCAGACUCACCGCGAUGAAUCUAGCAUCUAAUAUACAGCGCUCCAUUGACCGGUUCUAUCCAGGGUACCGGAACCCGUCCCCGGACUUAGAAGGGGGGCGUUCGCCCUUGGAAAGAAUAAGCUUUACCAUUAUCAUCCGUCCAGAAGACCAGCAAGGCGGGCUUCUUAGUGGAGCACAGCCUCCUCUUGCUCGACCGGGAUUUGGACGUCGACCGCGCGAUCUACCGCGUCAAGGCCGAUCUGGUCAGGGCAGGUCUGGCCAGGGCAGGCCUGGUCGCAUAGCUUCACGCCAAACCCACCGACAAGGGUCCCCCCUUCUAGAACAAGAACGCCAGUUGGCAGCGGCGAACCGGCCCAUAGAAUCUAUAGAAGAAGAGCCACCUGCACCUACCGGUGCUAAACGACCACGUGAGGAGACGCCAGAAGAGACCCGUAGCCUUCGCCCGUCUCAAAUCCGACGUCUGAAUGAGCCUGCAGAUGCGCCUGAAACUGAUGAUGAAGACAACCCCUUUCUACGGGUGAGACUCUCUGAGUUUUUGGAACAUCCAGAGGCCAUGCCUUGA